AUGUUUAUGCACUCUCAUUUUAUAGAAACAUCAACAGUGCCAGUUACUUCUGCUGAAACUUCACGUAAGCGUACUGCAGAUGAGGAAGAACCUGCAGAUGUUCCCUCGGCAAGUCGUCGUCGUCGCAUAGCAAGCACAGACACGUCAUCAUAUAUUGGACCGACAUUUCCAAAUUGUUGUGCUAAUGGGGUAAUGGAACAAGCAUAUGUAAUCCCUUCAUCGCCUAGCUAUGGUCCCGUGACUAUUCCUAAUGCGCAAGCAACCAUGGCACCCAUCUUUGCUCCUCAGGUCAUCGCCCCUCAGAUACACGCUCAACUAACUGCCGUACCCAGCAGAUCUAUUGUACAUAACAUGACUCCUAUCGCUCUUCAUCUUCAUGCACCUCCACCUAUCACAUCAAAUUUCGCGUAUUUUCUUCCACAUACAGCUCACAUGAUACAACCUUUGAUGGGUUUACGAUUACCGACAGCACAGUUCGUGACGCAGGAUAUUCCAUUAGCAGAGCAAGGUUUCUUUCCACCAUUAAUGGGUGACAUUCCGGAGGAGUAUUCUGGAAUCCAACGUCCUCUGGAUGAUUUUCCCGUUAUUCCCACUCCUCAGCCACUGGCAGUAAAUGCUAGUCGCAACUGGGAUAAUCAGUAUCAUUUGUUUCCUGGUUUCUCAUAUUUUCCAAGACCGGUCAAUGCAUACAUGAAUCCUUUUUCAUCUCGUGGUCGAGGUGCUCAAAAUCAAAGUGCUCAAAUUGGUAUUGAUCAUGUUCCAGCAGUGCUAGGUGGGAAUCAAAUAGGCAAUCCUGUUUCAAGUAUCGCACCCAAUGUUGCUGCUUCUGCUGAGACUGGUGUUCAGUCAAAUAGUGGAAGAAUGUGGACUGCUAGGAAUCAUAAUACUCUUCCAAUGGUUGAUGGCCCUGUUGCAAUACCAACUUUGUCAGCGCAUUGGAUACCUCAGCCAAACUUAUUACCUAGAAGAGAUGAAACUGAUGAUGAUCUUGCUUCCUCUAGCUCGACGGAGCGAACUGAUAUUUCGCGUUUGGAUACUGAAUUUCGUGCUUGGGAGGCUGCAGUUUUACAAAUUUUUGAUCGUAUGGCUCCACAAAUUAAUGCGUCUCGAAUGCCACCGAGGGGAAUAUCCAGGAGUGAAAUCGAUAAGUUGGGAUCAUUUCGUCUCUCGGAUACGACAUUAGUAAAGGAAAAACUUUGUGUCAUAUGCCAGUGUGAUUUUGAGAAGAGAGAUUUGAUUCGGGAGCUUCCAUGCUCCCAUCAUUUCCAUUUAAAAUGUGUGGAUAAAUGGCUUCGAAGCAAUCGCUCCUGUCCUAUAUGUCGUAAAAAUGCUGUACCAGAUGAAACUAACAUGAAUUUGGAAGCGUUAGCAGUGGCGAGUCGCUAUAGUCCUACAGUAUCUCAAUUUGCUAGAUCAGUUGAAGACGGAGUGAGUGAUAUUGAUUUGUUGACAGCGGUUAGUGGUAAUUCAGCGACUGGAACUGGACGUCCGGCGGUUCAAGUCAUCACGCAAGCGGGAACUACACCUGAUCAGGAAGAUGAUUCAUCGAUUCCUGAUCUACAGUUUUAG